AUGGCUGAAUCUGUUGUCACUGCUGCCGUAAAAGUUACACCGUCCAAGGCCAUCUCCCUUCUUGAAAAGCAGAUCAACCUUCCACGGGAGACGAGGCAUGUUGAUGAUGUGCCUGUUCAAGUAUGGUUGAAGCAGCUUAGAAAAAUUGCUUGUGAGGCGGAUGAUGUAUUGGAUGAGCUUGCUUAUGAAGAUCUUCGAAUGAAGGUUGAAACCCAAAUUAGAAAGAAGAUUAAUGAUCGAGCACUUAAGUUUGGACUCCAGCAAAGAGUUCAAACUCUGCCUCCAUUGUCUAGAGGGAGCGAAGCCACCACCCACUCCUUUGGUGACUUGUCUCAAGUUGUAGGAAGAAAAGCUGAUGGCUCAAAAAUCAUUGAUUUGUUGAUUGGCUCAAGCACUCGACAAAUCGUUUCCAUCAUAUCUAUAGUGGGAUAUUACAGAGAUGUUGAAUCUCUUACUGGGCAGACUUGUGACAUGAAAAAAAGGGGUGCUGUACUUGAAAAAAAUACAGAAAGAGUUAGAGGGCAAACCUACCUUCUCGCACUUGAUGAUGUCUGGGAUGAGGAUUUUAAAACUUGGGAGGACUUAAGGGGUAGUUUGCUGGGAAUAAAUGAAAAUAAACGAAGUAGCAUUCUUGUCACAACUCGUAAUGAAAUUAUCUCCGGAAUUGGAAGGGAUAUUGCUAGUAAAUGUGCAGGUGUGCCGUUGGUUGCAACUGUUAUAGGAGGAACAAUGUGUAACAAAUGUGAUAUACAUGCGUGGGUGUCACUCAGGGAUAGUUCUCUUUGGGUUUCUUUGGAAAAGAAUGAAGGGAUCGAUUUUAGGAUCCAAAAGGAGCAAAUGAUCGAGCUUUGGAUGGCUGAAGGCUUUCUUCAACAAGCUAAAGGAAAUACCCAGCUGGCAUCUGAGGAUAUUGGUAAUGAGUGCUUCAAUGACUUAUUAUCAAAUUCUUUAUUGCAAGAUGUGGAAUGGGACUUGCAUAGAAGCUUUAUAGGUUGCAAGAUGCAUGAUUUAGUACAUGAUCUUGCAGAAUCCAUAAGAAAUUCAGAAAUCAAUAAUACUUCUCUGUCGCACUCUUUGUUUUUAAAGUCUAGCUUCUUCCACAACAAAGCGGACUUCAAAGGCUUAUGGGUUCUUAAUUUUUGUGAUGCUGAUAUUUCCUCCUCGUCGGUGUCAAUUAGGAGGGAAGGCUACAGUAACGAUGAGGAAGUAUUGGAAGGACUGGAGCCUUACCCAAAUUUGAAAAGCUUAACUAGUGAGAAUGAUAAUGGGAAGUACAGUUCAUCACGGCUGGUAAGGAAUAUUGUUAGUGGUCCAUUUGCUUCUUUUCAACCCAUCAAUUUGGUGGAUUUGAAUCUAUUCCAUUGUGAGAAUUUGAAAAAACUUCCAACUCUUGGGCAAUAUCCCAAUCUCAGAUUUCUUAGAAUCUGUGAUUUAAAUAAUGUGACGUACACAGGAAAUGAAUUUUAUGUGAAUAGUAAUAACAAUAGUUGUGAUAGUGGUGAUAAGAAUAAGCCUAACACAUUGUUUCCAGCAUUGGAAAAAUUCACCUUAUUGACCAUGAAAGAAGUAAAAGAAUGGUUAGACAUAGAGCCAGUGGUUCUCAUGCUUCCUUCAAUAAAGAUUAUAGGUGAUGGACUGUUUCCUUCCAGUCUCAAACAAUUAGAAAUAUACGGGUGUGGGAACUUGAUCUCCAUUCCAAGUGUAGAGGGUGGUAUCUCUUUUCUUGCAGAGCUUGAUGUGAGCUGUUGUUAUGAAUUAAGUAAAAUAGAAGAGGGACUGCUUGCCUCCACAUGUCUAAGAGAUGUAUGCAUACGUAUAUGUCCCAAUUUGACAUCCAUUCCUCUAAACCGCGGAUCUGAAUCUCUUUUGAAGCUUGAAUUAGAAAGUUAUAAAUUACGAGAGAUAAAGGGUGGACUAUCUGCAUGCACGAGGCUGGAAAAUUUAUUGAUAUGUAACUGUCCUAAUCUGAUUUCCAUUCCCAAUUUAGAUGGCUUCUCCUCUCUUUUAAGCUUAAGGCCGGAAAGAUGUGAAGGAUUAACAAGUCUACCAAGUGGAUUGCGAACCUGUACUUCUCUUGAGGAAUUGUCAAUAGUCUAUUGCAGUAAUCUCAAGUCAAUUCCAGAAGAUGUAGGCCAAUUGCAUUCUCUCAACUAUUUGCGUAUGCGUAAUUGUCAAAACUUGAAGAGCAUUCCAGAGGAAAGCCUUGGUUGCCUCACCCAUUUAAAGACAUUGGAAUUGGGUCCCUUGUUAAAAGAGCUAGAGGAAUUCCCAGGUCUCAGGUCCAUCCACCACCUCCACUCUUCCCUUGAACCUUUGGCCUUAAAGGGAUGGGAAAAUCUAAGCUCUCUGCCAGAUCAACUUCAACUCCUCACUGCACUUAACGAAUUAUCAAUUCCGAACUUUAGUGGAGUGAAAGCUUUGCCAGAGUGGUUGGGAAACUUCUCCUCUCUUCGAUCUUUAUAUAUUAGGGAUUGUGAAAAUCUGGGGUAUCCUCCAUCUAAUGAAGCCAUGCAAUGCCUCUCCAAUUUGCACUAUCUUUCGAUCUCUGGUUGUCUGCGAUCAAAGGAAAACUGAGCCGAGCAGUCCAACAUCUCCCACAUUCCAAAAAUCCACAUUUAUUAAAAUGGAGUGUGAGGCUUUGAAGAGUUUGGUUUUGAAUGAGGAACAGCAGCCAAAUGGGGACCAAUGUGGCAUCUAAAACUGAUGAAAUCACACAGCAAAAGAGCUUUCGUACCAUGAAUUUGGAAGAUGUAGGCCAAUUGCAUUCUCUUCAGGAUAUGAGUAAUCACGCAUUGUCAAAACUUGAAGAAGUUUCCAGACUAGACCCUUGGCUGUCUCACCUGUUUGAAGACAUUAAAAUUGUUUCCUAUCUCAGAAGAGCUAGAGGAAUUCCAGGUCUCAGUUCCAUUCACCACCUCCACUCUUACCUUGAAGAUUUGACCUUAGUUGGAUGGGAAAAACUAAGCUUUCUGCCAGAGCAACAUCAACACCUCACCGCGCUUAACAAAUUCUGGCUUCAGAAUUUUGGUGGAGUGAAAGCUUUGCCAGAGUGGUUAAGAAACUUCUCCUCUCUUCGAUCUUGACAUAUUUGGCAUUGUGAAAAUCUAGGGUAUCUGCCAUCUAAGGAAGCCUUGCAACACCUCUCCAAUUUGCAGGAGCUUUAUAUUGCUGAUUGUCCACGAUUAAAGGAAACCCGCUUCAAGCAGUCCUAGAUCUCCCACAUUCCAAAUAUCAAGAUUUAUUAAAUUGGAGUGUGUAGCUUCCAGGAGUUUAGUUUUGAAUGAAAAAUCCAGUUGAUCAAAUGGGGACCAAUGUAGCAUCUAAAAUCAAAUCACGCUACUCAAGAGCUUUGUCCUUAGGUUUCACACCUUGAAUUUGGAAGAAUGCACCAGAGAGUUGGAUAUUUAUUCAACACUGAAUUUGAUAGAUCAGAAAUUCAAAAUGAUUUUGAAGUUUUGCCCAGCAGGGGUUCAGGAACUCCCAGGUCUCAGUUUCAUCCACCACCUCCACUCUUCCCUUUGAACACUUGAGAUUGAAUGGAUGGGAAAAACUAAGCUCUCUGCCACAUCAACUUCAACUCCUCACUGCACUUAAGGAAUUACCAAUAUCAAACUUCAGAAAAUUUAAAGCUUUGUUAUAGUGGAUGGAAUGUAAGAAUCUAAUGCGACUGCAAUCUAAGGAAGCUGUGCAAUACCUCUCUAAUUUGCAAACGGAAGGCUUUGCUUGUUAAGAAGGAUGGAAAGAGAUAAGAAUGGAAAACUUUUUAAUCCAAUGGUUAAAAUUCAUAGCUACUUUCCUAUUUUAUAGCUUAACCAUUAGAUUAACAAUUUUUUCAUCUUUAUCCCUUUCCCUCCUCUCUAUCAAGCAAAGCUUAAAUGUUUUAGGUUGUCCUCAAUUAAACCAAAGCUAAUGGUGAUUUAGCUAGACAAUGGUUUGGAUGGAACCAGUUUCCCAAUCCUAGCUUGCUGGAAUACAUAUAUGAUAAAGUUUGUUUCCGUAGCACAACACCCAGGAUUCAGAUGCUUAGUCAAGAAGGGCAAAGAAUUUUGAUGAUCCCAGAGUGAUACUAGCUUGAUUCCAUGCUAAGCAAGAUGGUCGUGCAUAUUGUUUGUAGGACCAGAGGUUUAAUCUAUGUCUUGAACAGGUCCUUCACUUUACGUGUGGAAAGUGGAAAGUGGAAACUCUUCUGAGGCUCAAUAUGUCUGAUUCAUAGAACAGUUUCUGCAUACUAAAACCUAGCUUCUGACUGUAAAGAUCAUAGAAUUAAAAUGACACCAGGAGCUCAUGCCGCUUCUUGAUGCAUUAUGACUUGGCAUGUAGUGACAUCCAUUUUUGAUACAAAGUGAUUCACCUGCAAAGAAGCACGAGUAUUGGUGUGUUCUUAGAGGAGCUGAAUUCUAUCAUGAAAUCAGGGGAUGUCCCAUAUCUGGAUCUGAAAAACACAAAGUCAUGCCAUCAGUUGGUUUCAGAGAAGCUACAAAUUCUAUCCCCAAAUCAGGGGAUGUCCAGUAUCAUGUUCCUUUUGAUCUACUCCUAUCCAGCUGGCCAAAUCUCAAGUUCUCAACUCUUCCAAGUCUCUGCCUCCGAUAGACACUAGCAGUUGGAAACCUUCAUCUUCAAAGGCCUUCUUUCGAAAGUUGCAAUCAAGUCGAUCAAAGCUAGUCUACACGCAGUGAGAGCAUCAGGCAUCUCGCCAACACUGAUUCCGUGUCCCUUGGAAAGGAAACUUGCAAUAAGGAAAAGUUAACAACAGCAGGAACACGUUAUCUUCUUUGCUGCUGAUAAGAAUGAACUAAUCUCCACAGCUUGAGAGCUCCCUUUCUUUUUGAUGCUGAUAAAUAGUUCCAAAUCAAACUGAUUUUAUCCUUCUAUUCGGAGCUUGUUCAUAUGAUCUGACUGAGUAAUCUAAAUCUAAGGAAUUAAAAUAUGUUUCUCUUUUGUCAGUUAUUCCGAAUACUCAAAUGUUGGAACAAGAAAUGGUAGAAUUGAAAGAAAACUCUUGUAAAUUAUUUCAGAAGGCAGGGCUUAAUAUAUUUAUUUAUUUAUUUUCCUUUGCAGCCACGACCCACCUCCUCUCUUCUUCCCCUGUUUUCUAUUCACGCUGGUUUCCAUUUCAAUCCUAUCCACUACUUUAUUCCUUUUCCGGCAUCUUGCCGCCAGGCGCUGCGCUGCUCCAUCUUUUCUCUUCGUUCAAUGUUCGGCCACCAGUUGAUUAAAUUCUAGAAUUGGAUUUGAUUUGGAUGGUUUAUUGCUCGUCAUGUAUGUACUUUUAGGGAGUUAUUAUUAUACAACUUUAUUGGAAAAAUGGUUUCUAGUUGAUUAUCCAUGAACAGGAGGAAAGAAAGGAAAUGCAGAGGACAC